AUGGCCGAGUGCUGGUAUGCCUCUUUGCCUUGUACACCUGAGCAAAAACUGAAGGGUACAAUUUCUUUGCUUCACGAUGAGGGGAAGUAUGUAGGCGUGAGCUAUGUAAAUGGUCAUAGGCGUGAGUUUAUGAAUCUCACGCAAGAAGAUAGGACUGUGGCCAAGUAUGAGACCCAAUUUCUGAGACUAAGCUGCUAUGUUCGAGGGAUGGUGGCAUUGGAGUACAAAAAGUGUGUUCGAUUUGAGGAUGGUUUGAAGAAUAAUCUGAGAGUAUUGAUUGCUCUACAGAGGGAGCGAGAGUUUGUUGUUCUAGUCAACAAGGCGAAGAUCACCGAAGAGGUUAAGCACGUGGAGCGCCAGAAUCAAGAUCAAGAGAGGGGCAAGAAUAAGAGGGAUUUGGAGCCCUCUAAUUCUACUCAGAGGCCUAAGAAAUGA